CACUCCGGUGGGGAUUUGGGGGAUCCGUGGGGCGCUGUGUCCCUGCCUGGCUCAGGGGCUGUCUGUGACACCCUUGUGACAUUCUGUCACACCCCAAAAUGUGGUUUUGGGCCCGGAACAGGAACCUCCAUCACGUGGUCUCCCCCUUCCCCUUCAAGUCCCGGGUUUUGGGGUCAGGGGGGGCUCCGGCCUCGGGUGUCCUUGGGGAGCAGCUGCCCCAUCAGGGGGGUCCCACGGGGGGUCCCACCCUGGGUUUGGCCGUGUCCCACCUGUGGAGGUGACGCUGGUGACAGAAGAUGGUGCCGGGGCUGGCGCCGAACCUCCUCCUCUUCCUCCUCUUCCUCCUCUUCCUCCUCUUCACCGCGCCAGCCUGGGCAGAAGAACCCCCACCCUCGGAGGUGACCGGAGCCGUGGGCGGGGUGGCCUUUCUGAACCCCCGCAGCCCCCAAAAUCCCUUAAAAUACUCCCAAAUCCACUGGCGCUGGGAAAACCAGCUGAGAAUCGCGGGCAGGAAACGGGGGGAGGAGCCCACGUACCCCCCGAGCCGCUUUCGGGGCCGCCUGGAGCUCCUGGACAACAGCACCCUCAAAAUGAGCCCCCUGGGCCUCGGGGACAGCGGCGAGUACCGCCUGUACCUGGAGGACGACACGGGCAGGGAGAGCAUCCAGAAGGUCCAGCUGAAGGUCUACGACCUGGUCCCGAAGCCCCGCGUGACGGCCACCACCAACGGUGACCCCCAGCAGUGCAACGCCACCCUGAGCUGCUCCGUGGGCCUCCAAGGGGUCACCUACGAGUGGAUCCCACCCCCGAAGCCCCUGAUGAAGGAGGGCCCGGUCCUAGAGGUCUCCUUCAACCCCUCGGUGGACACCUACGUGUGCAGGGUCAGCAACCCCGUGUCCUCCAGCAAUGCCUCGCUGACCUUCCGGCCCCCCUGCAGCUGGACAGAUGAGUCCUCGUCCGUCACCCGUGCCACGCCCAGCGCCCUGGUGGCCCUGGGACACCUCAUCCUCCUCUUCCUCCUGCUCGCCGUGGCUUGAGGACCCCGCGGGUGACGCCCCCGGUCACCUCCUCACCUUCCACCACCACGGGACCAACGCCCGGACGAAGAUCCCGGAAUCCUCCGGGCGCGGAAAAACGCGGCCGCGCGAGGGAGCGGAAUGGGAUCGUUCCGUUUGUGGUUAAUUUGGAAACUCUCCCCGCCCCUCACCCCAAAACCUGCGGGGAGCCCCGAUCUCAGCCUUCCCCGGGGUUCCCUGGAAUUUUGG